ACUGUCAGCAUGGCUGUGUUUGUCUUUUCACUGAAUCCAACAAACCAUCUAGUGGCAUCUUAAAAAUAAAUACCUUAUAUCAUGCGUCCUCAAAGUUUUUAAGCAAAGAGUCAAUGGUCCUCAGACUAUUGGGAGGCCAUACUUACAGUUUGCAAAAAAAAAAAAACCCCAAAAAAACAUGAACCAAUUCCUCUGCACACUGCACAUAUAUCUUAUUUGUAGAGGGGAAAAAACUGAAAGAACAAUGCAAUAUUUUAAGAUGAAGAACAAUUUUUACCAACAUAAACUUACCAUUUUUUCAAUGGGAAGUGUGGACUCCCUUGGGCUGAUGAGACAGUGAAGUUGAUUAGGAUUGCAGGGUUGUUGUAUGUCUUUCGGGCUGUGUGGCCAUGUUCCAGAAGUAUUCUCUCCUGACGUUUCGCCCACAUCUAUGGCAGGCACCCUCAGAACCUCGACAACACAUUAAUUAGGAUUGUUGUUGUGUACCUUCAAGUCCUUUCAGUUUUAGGGCAGCCCUGAGACUACAGUUUAGGGCAGGGGCUGGGUAACCAACCUUGGAAAACUUCAUGUCCCCCCUUGCCUUAGUUUGGAGACCCCUGACCUAUAUACUCAUGUAUCCUGUGUUGACAUAUCCACAGGUCAGUGUAAGUAGUGUACCCUAAUGCUUAUUUUUUAAAAAGGGCCCAUCUCUAUAUCUGAGUAGCGGCAAAAGGCAGGAGCUUAGUCCAUCCUGUCUUCUCAAGGAACACCUCCAUAUACAGAUAGAUAGAUGCAUAGAUAGAUAGAUAGGUGUGAUACAUUUCUUUAACAAAAUAGUCUUGGCUGUUUCUCUUUGCCAGGUCUGCUGGGUGUCUCUUCCCUUUUUCCUAACUUCUUCACUAAUGCAAACUUUGCAUAAUCAAACUGCCAUCUCCAAUAUGUCACCACCUCACAACCUCUGAGGAUGCCUGCCACAGAUAUGGGCGAAACGUCAGGAGAGAAUACUUCUGGAACAUGGCCAGACAGCCCGGAAAACACACAACAACCCUGUUACCACUCUGUUUCUACAACUGAGCCCCUGCUGGACAGCAGACCAGCGCAAGAUCUACUACCCCUAAGAUUCUCAAAUAUCAUAGCAGUGCUUAUGUGUCUUUGGACUAUAUGCAGGGCUGUAGCCAGAAAUUUUUUUCGGGGGGAGUGGUUGAACCCCUAGCACCCCCCACCCCUGCUACAAACCUGUCAAUAUCUGCUUGAGACUGCUUGAGAUUGAAGGGACUCUUAAUGUUUUGCGUCUCAUAGAUUUAGCAUGGGGAUUUGGUUAACCAGGUAAAAUUCAUGAGUAAACCAGGUUUUUUUAUAACCUGAAAAAUUUCGGGCGGGGGGGGGGGGUUGAACCCUUAACACACACACACACACACCCCUCGCUACAGGCCUGACUAUAUGACUGUCUUGAGAAACAAAAGAUUCUUCCAGUUCACCCCCUGCUGAGAGACUGAUUGCCAGAAAAUCCCAGGAUUCAUCAAGGACUUUGUUCAUCCACUUUUUAUUUUAUUUGUUUUAUUGUCUUCUGGCUUUGCCCUGUGUUAGCCGCCCUGAGUCUCUUUGGGGAGAUGGAGGCAGGAUAGAAAAAUAAAGUUGUUGUUGUUAUUGUUAUAAUUAUUAUUAUUAUUAUUAUUAUUAUUAUCGAGUUCAAAACAGAUAAUCUGGAUUUUAUAUGGCAGUGUAGAAGGGGCCUUGGGAAGAGGUGGGUAUGGCCAUCUGUCCUGGGGUGCUUUGAUUGUGCCUUCCUGUCUGGCACAAUGGGGUGAGACUGGAUGACCUUUGGGGACCCCUCUCUCCCAACUCUCAGGUAUGGUUCUCAUACAGAGGUGGGGAAAGGGUUAAGGCCAUAGAGAGCCCCCCCACCAGGCCUAGGGAGGCAGCGUGGGAAAGUUGCUUGCGAACAGAAGGCUGUCAAUAGAACGCUGGCUUUCCCAACGUUCCUUCCGGUCUGCUGGCCCCGCCUCCCACGUGGGAGAAGCAGCUUGGCUGGGUGAGUGGGCUCUGCAAGGCUCAGAUCAAAGGGAAAAGGGAUCAAUAAUGCCUUUGAGAAAUGCAUCAAUGCAGGGAAUAGGGAUCCUCGCCUUGGAGUAAGGAGUCUGAAGCUGGGUCUGUGCAUCUUCCAAUGGGGGACAUGUGACCCCAAUAAUGUGAUUUCCUAAAAUAAUAUAAUGAUGCAUGCAUACUUGUGUGUGCCUCCUAACAGUUCAUAUUUCUGUAGGUUUUCAUGGUGCAUAUUGUGUGUGUGUUUAAAGAAUGCAUGGUUCGAUUUAUUUUUUGAUGAGGCAUGUUUAAUUAUGCAUCUUUGUGCGUGUGUUUUUAAAAUGAUGUUUUGAUGGUUCAUGUUCGUGUUUUUUUAAUCAGGCACAUUUGUGUGUGUGUGUUGCAAUGGUGCUCUUUUUGCAUGUGUGUAUUCUUAAUGCAUAUUUUUCUGGGUUUUUUUAUUGUGUUUAUAUGUUGUAAUCGUUCAUGGCUGGAUGUGUAUUUCAUGUACAUAAUGCUUCAAUAAUGUAUGUUUAUGUCGGUGUUUGGAUGAUACAUGUUUGUGUGUGAUGAUACUUGCUUGUAGUAUAUUAUUGGUACAUAUUUAUGUUUGUGGGAGCCCCCGGUGGCACAGUGGGUUAAACAAUUGAGCUGCUGAACUUGCUGACUGAAAGGUCAGUGGUUCAAAUCUGGGGAGCGGAGUGAGCUCCCACUGUUAGCUCCAGCUUCUGCCAACCUAGCAGUUCGAAAACAUGAAAAGUAAGUAUAUCAAUAGGCAACGGCGUUCCAUGCAGUCAUGCCGACCACAUGACCUUGGAGGUGUCUAUGGACAAUGCCAGCUCUUUGGCUUAGAAAUGGAGAUGAGCACCAACCCCCCAAGUCGGACACAACUAGACUUAAGGGGAAAUCUUUACCUUUACCGUAUUUAUGUUUGAGUUCUUAAUAAUCCAAUAUUUAUGAAUGUUUUUAAUGAUGUGUAUUUGCAUGUGUGUAUCUAAAGCAUGCCUAUGUGUCUGUGUGCAUGUGUUUUAAUGGUGCAUAUUUAUGGUUUUAUAAGUUGCAUGAUUGUGAUUUUUAAGGGUGUGUAUAUGUGUGUUUUAAUGGUGCACAUGUGUGUGUAUUUUUAAUGAUGCGUGUUUGUGUGUUUUAAUAGCGCAUGAUUCUGAGUGUGGUUGUGCAUGUUUGUAUGUGUUUGUAGUGAUGCAUGUUCCUCUUCGUUUGUUCUAACUAUUAUUAUUAUAUUUAUUUAUACCCCGCUUUAUCUCUCUUAAAGGAGAAUCAAAGUUUCUUAACAUAAAAGCAUUAGCAUACAAUUUAAAAUAUACCAAAUAUGCAAACAUUAAAACAGAAUUCAAUAUAAACAGUAUGAAAAAAUGUCCAGUUAAAAUCCAUUAAAACAUAUUUAAAGCUAAAAACGACAGUGUCUCUAGGAUUGAUCUUAAAAGCCUUUUUAAAAACCUGUCUCAAUGAAAAAGGUUUAGCUUUUUAUCAGUAUGUGCUUUUUGGUGAUGCACAUUUGUGGGUUUUUUUAAGGGUGCAUGUUUGAAUAUGUAUUUUUAAAUAAUGUAUGCUUUAACCUUUGAGUCUCCUUUGGGAGAGAUAAAGCAGGGUAAUAAUAAUAAUAAUAAUAAUGGGUUGCUAUAAGUUUUCCAGGCUGUAUGACCAUGUUCCAGAAGCAUUCUUGCCUGACGUUUUUGCACUCAUCUAUGGCAGGCAUCCUUAGAGGUUGUGAGGUCUGUUGGAAACUAGGCAAGUGGGGUUUAUAUAUCUGUGGAAUAAUGUCUAGGGUGGGAGAAAGAACUCUUAUCUGCUUGAGGCCAGUGUGAACAUUGCAAUUGGCCACCUUGAUUGGCACUGAAUAGUCUUGUAGCUUCAUUGCGGCUGAGGGGCAAAGGGAAGGGGCCUGAGGCUGUUAGGAAUUGUGGGCGUUGAAGCCCAAAACACCUGGAGGGCCCAAGUUUGCUCUAAGUCCUUAAAACUGAUUAUAAUGGCAGUUAUCCUCCUGCUUCUAGGCUGAGAGACGAUGGCAACUGCGGCAAACAUUGCAGCGACAUCCAUAGGACUUCCGCUUCUGGAGCAAGAAGCGCCGGAAGAUCCUGAAGGAUCCAAGCCAGGGAAGGAACCCAAACGGACAGGAAGAAGUCUUCAAUGUGGGACGAUGAAGGACCUCUUGGGUUGGGCGGCUCCCCAGCAGGUGAAGCAGGAACCGGGGGAAAUGCUGCCUCAAGGCUGGGAUGGGUCUCUCCAGGAGCUCCUCAAGGCCACGCAGGCCCCACACCUUGGGUGGGGCAGCCCACAGCUCCUGCUCCCCACACCAUGGGAGGAAAAUGGCAAGGCGUUCCCCUUCGAAGGUGUUGCUGACGCUUGGAUGUGGCCCCGAGGGGAGUGGACGGCCCGGCCUCUGAUAGGGGAGGCUCUGCCGGCCGCCCUCGGCUCGGAGGUGGCAAUUCGGGGAGACCCCAGGAAAUUAAAAGCAGAGGCCCCGAAGCCGAGCCCCGUUGUCGAUGGAGAGGCCCAGCGCCGGCGCUUCCGGCAGUUCUGCUACCUGGAAGCGGAUGGCCCCCGAGAAGUUUGCCUCCGCCUCCGGGCCCUUUGCCGCCAGUGGCUGGAGCCCGACAGGCUCUCCAAGGAGCAGAUCCUGGAGCUGGUGGUCCUGGAGCAGUUCCUGACCAUCCUUCCCUCGGAGAUUCAAAGCUGUGUCCGGGAACGAGGAGUGGAAGACUGUGCCCAGGCAGUGGCUUUGGCAGAGGAGUUCCUGCAGAGGCAGCAAGAGAACACGCAGUGGGAACCGCAGGUGCCAAAGGGCUUUCAGGAAGCUCUUGGGAACACUGCCAAGGCAGAGCAAGGCCCAUCCGACAAUGGACAGUGGCAGCUCUACAGAGAAGCUAAGCAGGACAGCGAUGGAGAGGCCAGCUCCUUGGCAGGUGAUGGGUGGGUGAGCGAGACCGAGGAAGAAAAACCUCAGCUCAAAUGUUCUGAGAAAACAGAACCAUCUGAGGCCUUUGGAGAAGCUGCUUUUCUGUGCCAGGAGCAACUGGAAGCCUUUGAAAAUGAACACAAAGCAGAGAAUCAGCGUGAAGGCCCCUUUGGAGAGGAAGCCUGCCAGAAAGUUGGCCAGAAACAUGGGGAGCAACCUGCCCAAGAUGGGACCCACAUGGACCAGAGGAAAAAGGUGUGCUUGGAAUGUGGGAAGGGCUUCAGCCGGAGCUCCGACCUGCUGAAACACCGCCGGACGCACACAGGAGAGAAGCCGUACCAGUGCCUCCAUUGCGGGAGGAGCUUCAGCGACCGCUCCAACCUGAUCGCACACCGGAGGAUCCACGCCGAGAAGAAGCCGUACCAGUGCUUGGACUGCGGCAAGUGCUUCUGCCAGAACUCCUACCUGGUCCGCCACCGGAGGACCCACACCGGCGAGAAGCCGUACAAGUGCUCCUAUUGCGGCAAAGGCUUCAGCGACAGCUCAAACCUGGUGGUGCACAAGCGGACUCACACGGCGAGCGACAAGCCCUACCGGUGCCCAGACUGCGGGAGGAAGUUUGGCGAGGCCUCGCUCCUCAACCGGCACCAGCGCAUGCACGCCAAAGAGCGGCCGUACAAUUGUGCGGAUUGCGGCAAGACCUUCCGGCACCGCUCCGACCUGGUUCGCCACUGCAGGACCCACACGGGAGAGAAGCCCUUCAAGUGCUUGGACUGUGGCAAGGGCUUCAGCCAGCGGUCCCACUGCAGCACACACGAGAGGAGGCACUCGCGGCAGAAACCGUUCACACAGUGUUCGGAGAACAGGAAAAGCCCCACUGACCUCGGGCUGCCGCCGAAGGAAGAAGUUGCAGAAACUUCUCAAAAAAUCAUGGCCCAAAAGGACAUGCGGAUGGGGCACAUGUGUCUCCUCCUCCACACAGAAUGGGGUUACCUAUAGUGUGGUUUCCCUGAUCGCUUGGAGGGAGCAAUAUGGAAGUGUCCCUUCCUCCCUCUGUUUCUCCUUCCCUUCAAUCGAAAAUGAUUCACAUAGUCCACCCACUUAUUUUUUUCUUCUACAGACUAGGAACUUUCACAAUGUGCUCGGACUGGAAUUAAGAUUAGCAUUCAGCCCUUUUGGGAACCUCCUUCUUCUUUGUUUUGUUUUAAAGCAUGCUUCUAGUCCUUGCGGCUUCCAUUAUAGUUUUCAAAUCAUAUGUGCAUAAACGAUAUCUCAAGGGAUGACUUACACCCAAACAGUGAGUGGAGGGAGAUCUUGAAACAUGACCUCUCUCUAUUCCAGAUUGAGCCAAAUGUUGGUGCAAUUUGCAGAAUGAGGCUCUCCUUUGUUGCCGUUAUGGAUAGCUUAGUUCGCAGUAUACACCGGCUCCGUGGUAUCCAUUGGAGUUUGGUUCUAGGAUGUCUCUGUGGAUAUCAAAAUACAUGGAUGCUCAAGUCCCAUUAUAUCUAAUGAUAUAGUUUAAUUAAUGGAGCCCCUGGUAGCAUAGCGGGUUAAACCAAUGAGCUGCUGAACUUGCUGACCGAAAGGUCAGCGGUUUGAAUCCGAAGAGGGGGUGAGCUCUCUUUGUUAGCCCCAGCUCCUGCCAACCUAGCAGUUUGAAAACAUGCAAAUGUGAGUGGAUCAAUAGGUACCGCUUCUGCGGGAAGGUAAUGGUGCUCCAUGCAGUCAUGCCGGCCACAUGACCUAGAAGCUGUCUAUAGAUAAUACCAGUUCUUCGGCUUAGAAAUGGAGAUGAGCACCAACCCCCAGAGUCGGACACGACUAGACUUAAUGUCAGGUAAAACCUUUACCUUAUAGUUGAAUUGUGUCUCUUAUAUAAAAUGACAAAAUCAAGGUUUGCUUUUUGGAUUUUUAAAAAUAUUUUUGAAACGUGGAUGGUUGAAAUCUGUAGGUACCAGAAUUCAUGGACAUGGGAGGCCAGAUGUAGGUACAGAGGGCUCCCAGUAUUUGCUGGAAUUCAUCUCCAGGACCCAAAAUGGAUACCUACAUCUGUAGAUACUCAGAUCCCAUUAUAUACAAUGUUCCUUGCAUAAACUGGGUUUCUAUUUUAAAGAAAAUUCUAACUG